AAUAUUGAAACUUUAGUUUAAAAAAGUAAUCUUUAAUACCGAUGGCAAAAACAUUUGAGAUUUUAGCACCAACUACGAAGAUUUCAUUAUCUCUAGAUGCAAAUCGACCUCGUUUCUAUUCCCUCAAUAUAUUUUCUAAAAGGAUUACCUGCAGCAACACUUCUCGAACGUCCAGGCUAAUUAGCAAGGGAUGCAAGUUAGUUGGGUGUGGGUCAGGUUUACCAAAUUUGCAGGUUUCAAAUGAAGAUCUUUCUAAGGUUAUGGAUACUAGUGAUGAAUGGAUAUCUAGUCGAACUGGAAUUCGUAAUCGACGAAUUCUUUCAGGCAAUGAAAGCUUGACAGAUUUAGCUGUAGAAGCAGCUAGAAAAGCUCUUCAAAUGGCGGAGGUUGAACCCGAUGAUGUGGAUUUAAUACUGUUCUGUUCAUCUACCCCAGAAGACCUAUUUGGUGGUGCUCCCAUGGUCCAAAAAACACUUGGAUGUAAAAGAAAUCCACCAGCAUUUGACAUCAGAGCUGCUUGCAGUGGAUUUCUAUUAGGCCUAAUCUCAGCUUCCUGUUAUAUUCGGGGAGGUGGUUUCAAGAACGUUCUUGUGAUUGGAGCUGAUUCUGUAUCUCGUUAUGUUGAUUGGACGGAUAAGGGGACCUGCGUUCUCUUUGGUGAUGGUGCUGGUGCUAUUUUGGUUCAGGCAUGUGAUAGCGAGGAGGAUGGUGUAUUUGGUUUUGACUUGCAUACUGAUGGAAGUGGCAACAGGCACUUGGAGGCUGGUAUAAAGCAAAAUGAAACAGAUCUUGGUAAUGGUUCAGUCUUGGGGUUUCCCACUACACAACCAUCUAUUUCAUAUAUUCAAAUGAAUGGACCAGAGGUUUUUCGUUUUGCUGGUAAGGUUGUGCCACAGACUAUUAAGGAUUCAUUGGCAAAGGCUGGUCUUAAGCUGUUAGACAUAGACUGGUUGCUUAUCCAUCAGGCUAACCAGAGGAUCAUUGAUCGUGUAUCGGCAGCACUCGAUUUUCCAAAGGAUAAAGUGAUAUCUAAUUUGGAAAAUUACGGUAACACAAGUGCUGCUUCCAUUCCAUUGGCAUUAGACGAAGCGGUCCGAAGUGGGCGGGUGAAGCAAGGUCAAACCAUCAUGACUGCUGGCUUCGGCGCUGGUCUUACAUGGGCUUCAGCCAUUGUGAGAUGGGGUUAAAAAGUUGUAGUGAACGGAUGCUUAAUUGAUGCAAAAAGAGUAGAAGAAGAAAGAGAUGAUUAUGAAGUUUUUCUCCUACUGGUUUUUUUGGUGUCUCGCUAUUAUUAUGGAAUAAAGGCUAACAAAGAUUGAACUAAAAGAUAAAGAAAGAAAUGGAGUAGUUGUGAGUUGGUCA